GUACUCUGUUCUGGGGAACCUGCUUUUCAGUCUAGUGGUACCGGAGCCAUUCUUACAUGUGUAUGCGCGAAGAAUACGCAUAACGUCAGCCAUUAAUUUGUGUCCCAUUGAAUCAUUUGGACCAUUUGGAUAUCGAGAGUGCUUGAAUUUACCAUGGCAACAUUAUGAAAAUACAGUGACCACGAGCAACAUUUUCCAAGUUUCACCAGAACUUCCUACAUCAGGAUGAAGGAACGGAGAGAUGCUCCUCCGGACCGGGGCUGCCUAGUGGGGAUCUGUUUCUUCAUUCUGGGCCUGGGAACAUUGCUACCAUGGAACUUCUUCAUGACUGCCUCAUUGUAUUUUCAAGGUCGCCUAAACACAACAGAAUGGAGCAACGGCACCACGGUGGUCCGCAAGGAGUACUUCUUCAACAACUGGAUGACCCUGCUGUCCCAGCUGCCCCUGCUGGUGUUCACCCUGCUCAACUCCUUCCUCUAUCAGAGGAUAUCUGAGGCAAUGCGCAUCGCAGGUAGUCUGGUUUUUAUCCUGCUGUUCUUCAUCCUCACAGCAGUGCUGGUCAAAGUGCCCAUGGAGGAAGACCGCUUCUUCUCUGUCACCAUGGCAACUAUCUGGUUUAUCAACUCGUUCGGGGCCGUGCUGCAGGGCAGUCUGUUCGGCCUGGUGGGUCUGCUCCCUCAGAAGUUCAGCGCCAUCUUCAUGAGCGGCCAGGGCCUCGCCGGGACCUUCGCUGCCAUCGCCAUGCUGCUAGCCAUAGCCAGCGACGCAGACUCUGAGACAGCAGCGUUGGGUUACUUCAUCACGCCAUGUGUGGGGACGCUGGUCACUCUCUUCAGCUACCUGCUGCUGCCCCGUCUGGAGUUUGCCCAGUAUUAUCUGAACAAAAGCAACAGGUACGAGGCAGGCACCACGGACGAGUUACUAAAAGAGAGCAGCGUCGUGGAGAACGGCAAGCCGAAUGGCCAUGCUAACGGCACAGCGACCAGCAGCACAACAGAAAAGGGUGACAGUGCGGCUGAGGACGAGGUGGACCCCAGUCCAGACGGAACAAAGGGCGCCUUCCUGUCACUGGAGCAGGUCGAGAAGGAACAAGCUAAGGCCUCGGUCAUAGAGGUCUUCAAAAAGAUCUGGGUGAUGGCGUUCUGUGUGACGUUUGUGUUCACAGUCACUCUGUCUGUCUUUCCUGCCGUCACUGCAGAUGUCAAGACCAUUUUCCCAGGAAAAUGGGAGCGCUUCUUUAUCUCAGUGUGCUGCUUCUUGGUUUUCAACAUCAACGACUGGUUCGGUCGGACCGUCACCACCUUGAUACGUUGGCCUAGCAAAGAGUCUCGUCUGUUCCCGGUGCUGGUGGUCUCCAGGGUGGUGUUCGUCCCUCUGCUGUUACUCUGUAACGUCCAGAGUCGCUCCUAUCUUCCCGUCUACUUCAGCCACGACGCUGCUUUCGCCGUCAUCAUGACCCUCUUCUCUCUGUCCAGCGGCUACUUUGUGUGUCUCUCCAUGUCCUACGCACCACAGUUGGUGGAGCCUAAGGACGCAGAGACAGCAGGGGCCCUGAUGACCUUCUUCCUGGCCCUGGGUCUGUCCUUAGGAGCCGCCCUGUCCUUCCCUCUGCGGGCUCUGGUCUAGUCACCACACAUGCAGCACUGCAUAGACAGCUUAGAAUAUUUUCACACAUACUUGGAGGGAGAAUUUUGAUAAAUGGUUUUGGUCCUUCUCAUUUUAGUCCAUUCAUCUGUCGUGCGUGUGCGUGUGUGUGUUACGGCAUGACGGAUUUGGGAACAAAGCACCCUGGUGACACUGUAAGAACACCGCUUAUGAAGUGGUAUUGUUCAUAAAUGCCUGACAAGGUUCCCUUUGAACGCAGGAAUAAGGGAAAUGCUGUAUUGUUGCUCUGAAUGACUACUGGUUAGUGUUUUUGUUACUGUUGUGUGUUUCUACAUUUUUAGAUGUAUUUAUGUUUAGUUUUUUUGUAGAUAGUUUUCAUGCAUUAUUGUAUUUUUUUUAUUUGAUUGAUGGCUUGAAAUGUUAUUUCUUGUAAGAAUAAUUACAUUAGAAAUGUUAAUGUAUUUUUCUUCCUAGGUUUAUUUUGUAUUUUCUUAUGAAAUAGCUCUGUUAUAGAUGUAGAACAAACAAAAAAGGUUAAACACCUUGCCUCAUGGGCAUUUAUGGAUUACUGAAGGGGCCAACUUGGUUCAAGGUUCAGGGGCCCAAGUGGGCAGGGGGCCUCUAACCCAGAGCCUUGGUUUACAGUUACAAUUAACAUUUCUUGUUGGGAAAUUACCAUAUUGACACUGCAGAGAGACUCAAAACGACCAGCAAUGCAGCAAGGCUACUUCUGCCAUCUACUGGUCAAAAGACGGGAACCCUUCAGAGUUUUAAUUUAUUUAAUACAAAUACAUACACAUAAAGAAUUGCAAAACAAUUAUAAAAUGCAGUGUAUAACAGCAGUUUUUGCUACUGCUAAUUUCCAAUGCUCAAAAUCUCAGUCGGUCAUAAAACGCUGCUGUGCUGUGACGUUGUGAGGUCAUACAAUACUCCUGGCUGAUAGGAAAUGGAGAUGCCUAGUGAUACUUUGUGACACAUGCCAGAGUUCAGGUUAAAGGUUAAAGGUUAUGUAAGCAUGACAACAUUCUUCUAUUGACAUGAAGUCAUGAAACAACUCAUGGCUCAGUACAAGAAGUAGGGUUUACUUUGAGUUCAUUUAAACCUUCAAACUUCUCCUGAGGACAGCUGGCAGCUGCUGUUAAGUCACUAAAUGUACCUGUUGCUGUAAGCCAUAAAAUCAUGUGGAAAUAAGAGUAUUGUAUUGUACAAAUUUUGUAUUGGCCAUUUAAGUUUGUUAAAUAGUAUUGGAUUUUUUUUUUUUUUUUUUUUUUGACAUUUCUAACAAUGUGCCAUGCUCCAAUUACAUAAAUAAUUUGUUUAGUUGGGAUUAUUUUUCUCACUUUAGUGCUCAAACAAUGUAUCAUCUUAUUCCUCCAGAUAUAUGCUUCAUCAGCAUCACAAUCUAUUUAGAUUUAACUUUCUUGGUAACAAUUUUUUUUUUUUUUGAUAAAGUGCUUAAUGAGAUUGAUUUAUAUGGUUAUUAUUCAAUGUGUUUAUUUAAGUUACUGAAUCUGUUAAUGAGAUUAAUUUGAGUUUUGCUGAAUGAGGUGUCAUGUAGAUUAAAUAUUGUGUUGUUACAGCUGCUGCUUCAAACACAACAAGGGCUGAGUCCUAAUGAAGGGAGCGAUAUUAAUAGGACUAUUUUUUUUAAACGUGACUAGCUUUGUGCUGCAUUCACAUCUAGUGAGAAUUUUUAAUCUGAACUGAACAAACAUGCAUUUUAUAUUUGACAAAAUAUAUGUUACAGGAAACAAAAUAUGGGCAAUGUGAGGCAAAACCAGGCAGACAUCUUUUUGUCGGCUUUGAAUGCAGUUGAUGCUCACUUAAACCUGAACAAUAUGUUUUCAGCAGGAAGCUGAAAGGGACCGUAUUUCCUACAGAAUUGCAAUGCAGCACCAGUAAUGAUGAACUCGAGUCAGAAGAAUUCAAACCAUGUAAUCAUGUAUUUCAUAUUUCUUCUCUACUUCUAAACUUUUUGUAUAAAGAAUGCAGGUUUUCAGGUAGUUCUCAUGCAGUACAUAGCUGCAGGUUGUAUAACAGUCAUAAUCAGCCUUAAUAAUGAUAAGUCAUUUUAAGGAUUCAUGUUGUGUUCACAUCUCAUUGGACUGACCGUAAAUACUGAUGUCUGCCUCCUUUGUAGUAAUUAGAACAGCAGGGAAUACUUGAUGUGAUCCAUUAUGUGCAGUUCACUUGUACUCCGUACAAACCGAUGCUGGCAGACACACAGAGGAUCUUAACUGGGCUACUAGAUCAUGGCUCUUGAGUUAGAACAAAGGGAACUCGUGACUAUGCUUGUACACAAUGCAUCUUUAUAGA